ACACGGUGCUGUGAUGGUCUGAGAUUUUCCUCGCAUUAACGCAAAUGUUUUGAAGUCUAUUCGACCGUGACAGCUCCGUGAUAUCAGGCGUAAUCUGCGAGUGCGCGCGCAUCAGUGCACGAGCACAGUUCUCAGCACCAAGGACAGCGUCUCUCACAGAGCAUCAGGUCACCCUUGACAAAACCUUGACUACGAUUCAACCAGGGCAAGACCGAAAGAAGUGAACCACAACAUUAACGCGAAACUGUUUUUCUUUUUCUUUUCCCACCCUCUCCGAAGAGAGAGUGCAUGUGAGAGACGACUAUCAACAGGAGCGAGCGUCAUUUUCUCCAAAGGCGCGCUGGCAUGGUCUUGUUGAAUGUGAACGGGUGUGAUGAGCGGGCUCAAUGAGUGAAGCUCAUUCCUCAGCGGAAUAGACGGAGCUGAUCGCAUUCCGGUGCUGCUGGAGAGGAGGACGCGCUGCGAGCGGAUCUGCCUCAUCAACGGACACCGACACGCAUCCUCCACGGGGCACUCGGCUCGACUUCUCUGCCAUCCAGGGCAAAAUGCGUCUGGUUCUGUUCGCCUUUCUCAUCUCGUGCUCCUGCGCGAGAGGUGGAUGCGAACCCAAGACUGUGAACAUUGGAGCUGUCCUGAGCCAGAAGAGAUAUGAACAAGUGUUCAAAGACGCCGUCACCCAAGCCAACAAUAUCUACGGCAAAGAUAAGUUCAAGAUGAACGCGAUUUCAGUCACCCAUAAGCCAAACGCCAUCCAGAUGGCACUCUCCGUGUGCGAGGAUCUCAUCUCCAACCAGGUUUAUGCGAUUUUGGUAAGCCACCCUCCCCAGUCCAAUGACCAUCUGACACCCACUCCGGUGUCCUACACUGCUGGCUUUUACCGUAUCCCUGUAGUGGGUCUGACCACCCGCAUGUCCAUCUAUUCUGAUAAGAGUAUCCACCUCUCCUUCCUGCGCACGGUGCCUCCCUAUUCCCACCAAGCCCAAGUGUGGUUUGACAUGAUGCGCGAGUUCCAGUGGAAUCACAUUAUCCUGAUUGUGAGCGACGACCACGAGGGCAGAGCGGCACAGAAAAGGCUGGAAACCCUUCUGGAGGAGAGGGAAACAAAGAGUAAAAACAGGAACUAUGAAAACCUCGACCAACUGUCCUUUGACAACAAGCGAGGACCCAAGGCAGAGAAAGUCCUCCUGUUCAGCCAAGACACAAAUCUGACGGCUCUGCUCCAGGAAGCCAAGGAGCUUGAGGCCCGAGUUAUCAUCCUGUCUGCAAGUGAAGACGAAGCCGCGGCCAUUUAUAAAGUGGCACGCCAGCUCAAUAUGACAGGCUCUGGUUACGUGUGGCUGGUUGGAGAAAGGGAGAUGUCUGGUAAAGCACUGAGUGAAGCCCCAGAUGGCUUGCUCGGCCUCCAGCUAAUCAAUGGCAAGAACGAGUCUGCGCACAUCUACGAUGCCGUGGCUGUGGUGGCCCAGUCCAUCCAGGAGCUCUUUGAGAAGGAGAAUAUCACAGAGCCUCCUCGAGGCUGUGUUGGCAAUACAAACAUCUGGAAGACUGGCCCACUCUUCAAACGAGUGCUGAUGUCAUCCAAGUAUCCAGAUGGCCUGACAGGCCGCGUGGAGUUUAAUGAUGACGGAGACAGGAGGUUCGCCCACUACAGCAUUCUGAACUACCAGAAAACCCGGCUGGUGCAAGUGGGCGUCUACAAUGGCUCGCAAGUUGUAAUGAACGCUCAGAGGAAGAUUAUUUGGCCAGGAGGGGAGACUGAAAAGCCGAAAGGCUAUCAGAUGUCAACAAGAUUAAAGAUUGUAACUAUUCAUCAAGAGCCCUUUGUCUACGUGAAGCCGACUCUACGAGAUGGAACCUGUAAGGAAGAGCACACUGUAAAUGGAGUCAAAAUCAAAAAAGUGAUCUGCACCGGCCCUAACGAGACCAUUCCAGGUCGGCCCAUAGUGCCUCAGUGCUGCUAUGGGUUCUGCAUUGAUCUUUUGAUCAAACUUGCAUUCACAAUGAACUUCACCUAUGAAGUGCAUCUUGUGGCUGAUGGCAAAUUUGGCACUCAGGAGCGUGUAAAUAACAGCAACAAAAAGGAGUGGAAUGGCAUGAUGGGAGAGCUUCUGAGUGGCCUGGCAGACAUGAUCGUGGCUCCACUUACAAUCAACAAUGAACGAGCCCAGUACAUAGAGUUCUCUAAACCGUUCAAAUACCAGGGGCUCACAAUACUUGUCAAAAAGGAAAUACCACGCAGUACACUGGACUCGUUCAUGCAGCCCUUUCAGAGCACUCUGUGGUUACUGGUGGGUCUAUCGGUCCAUGUUGUGGCGGUGAUGCUCUACCUAUUAGACCGUUUCAGCCCAUUUGGAAGGUUUAAAGUGAAUAGCGAAGAGGAAGAAGAAGACGCCCUCACCUUAUCCUCCGCUAUGUGGUUCUCCUGGGGUGUACUUCUGAACUCCGGCAUUGGAGAAGGUGCCCCUCGGAGCUUUUCGGCGAGGAUUUUAGGUAUGGUGUGGGCUGGUUUUGCUAUGAUUAUAGUUGCAUCUUAUACUGCCAAUUUGGCAGCCUUCCUAGUGCUGGAUCGGCCUGAGGAGCGCAUUACCGGCAUCAACGACCCUAGGCUGCGAAACCCAUCAGAUAAGUUCAUCUACGCCACAGUGAAGCAGAGCUCUGUGGACAUUUACUUCCGGCGCCAGGUUGAGCUGAGCACCAUGUACCGCCACAUGGAAAAGCACAACUACGAGAGCGCCGCUGAAGCCAUCCAGGCUGUGCGAGACAACAAACUCCACGCGUUUAUAUGGGAUUCAGCAGUGUUGGAGUUUGAGGCCUCGCAGAAAUGUGACCUGGUUACUACGGGCGAGCUGUUCUUCCGUUCUGGAUUCGGUAUCGGCAUGCGUAAAGACAGCCCUUGGAAGCAAAACGUCUCUCUGGCCAUCCUCAGUUCCCAUGAGAACGGCUUCAUGGAGGACUUGGAUAAAACCUGGGUUCGAUACCAGGAGUGUGACUCCAGAAGCAAUGCCCCAGCCACGCUCACUUUUGAGAAUAUGGCAGGCGUGUUCAUGUUGGUGGCUGGUGGCAUCGUCGCCGGGAUCUUCCUCAUCUUCAUUGAGAUUGCAUACAAACGACACAAGGAUGCCCGCAGGAAGCAAAUGCAGCUGGCCUUUGCAGCAGUUAAUGUCUGGAGGAAGAACCUACAGGAUAGGAAAAGUGGUAGAGCAGAGCCCGACCCCAAAAAGAAAGCCUCUUUUAGGUCCAUCAGUACCAACCUGGCCUCCAACAUCAAGAGACGUAGGUCGUCCAAAGACACGCCAUAUCCCACGGACAUUACGGGCCAGCUCAACCUGUCAGACCCCUCUGUGAGCACAGUGGUGUGAAAGUGAAGAGAGAAAGAGAAUUUGACAGGCAGAAAGAGAGAGAGAGAGAAGGCGGUGGGCUAUGAAACACCCUCAACACUGUCAUUUGAGCAUAAUUCAACCUUUCUGAGCUUAUGCACACUGGAUAUGAAACUCCUAUGGACACACUGUGCCAAAAUCAACCACACUGGAGCAAAUCCACACUGCCACACAGUUCACACCAGACCAACACACAUACUUACACACACAUACACACAAAGUGCUUCACUUUUUACAAUCUUUUGCACAUAUCUAAAAGAGUUUUUGUGAAAUAUGUAAAUAUGCAUUCAGACUUGUGUUUCUCCACAUUAGGUCGACAUUCACCAGAGAAAAUAAUAAGAUAUUACCGAAUUAGUUUUUCACUUUUAUGAUACGGACAUUGUUACAGUACAUAUGUGAUACACGUCUUUCUACCUCCACCUAAGAUAUAUGUAGCUCAUCUCAACACUUUGGCAGUGUUUUGAUGUUUUCCCAACUGAAAAGAGCAAACACCGAACAUAUCUUUGGAUUUGAUAAAGUAGGUUAUGGUAGAAAAUGUGCUACUAUAAAUAAUAAGACUGUCGUGAAGGGCACAUUUUGAUCAUCGUUGCACUUUGGUGUAUUAUUCCUCAUUUUUGACUCUCUCUCUUCACUGCCAUUUCCUGAAGUGGUCCAGGUUGCUUUUUGGACACAUACUGUGGAUUUUUAAUUCUCUGUUUAUUUAUUCAGUUGUGUUUUUUUUACAUUUUGUAAAAAGACUUCCUUUUUUUCAAUGAGAAUGAUCUAUCAGCAUAUAAUACAGGGGUUAUUCAACCAGGGGGCUAAAUGUAGCAAAUCUGACCUUGUUCAUUAUGACGUUAAAAAAAGAAAACGAAAGGAACCCAUUCAUGAUAAAAAGAGUGGCGUAGAUGUGAUGAAGCAGCUAUUAUUACAGGGUUUUUUGAGCUCAAUCUUGAACCUUGCUUGAAAUUCCCUGUAAUAAUUUCCGUAUCAUUGUGUGAGCUGGUAGCGUGCGUCUUUUUGCUACCACAAUGGGGACCUUUCCACACAUUAUAUAUAUAUAUCAUGAUCAUGAUGUCAUUAUAAUAUAUGAGCAGUAUUAUAUUUUGUCUGUGAUGCUGUUUCCAUUGUUUGUUGUCAAGCUUUUGCUCUGUGGACUAGCUGGCAAAAGUGAUCAUUUAUAAUGCGAGUCUUUAUCUGUGGGCUUUUCAAAGUAUACUGAGCAGUAUUAGGUCGAAGUAUUAGAUCGCUGUAUACAUAGUUUGUCUCGAACAAUCAAUCUGAGGGCUUUGCUAAUAUCGUGAGAAGUUUAGAAUGUGAACUAUGCGUACUGUAACUGUUAAGUUAUGGAGCUGUUUUAUAAGAUGAACACGUUAAUAGAUUUUAGAUUCGAACUGAGAGGUUUUUAUAUAGAAUAACACACAGAUUAAUAGAUCAGGGUCUGGUGGUCUUUGUUUGACAGUAUUGUUCUGUUGGGAUCCAAAUUUACUGUUAACAUGACUGUGAACUGCUUUAUGUCAACGUGAAAUUCGUCAGGAAGCGUGUAACGUGUGAAGCAGAUUCGCAAAAUUCAUAAAUAUAUAAUAUGACCUACUUACAAACACGCUACGUCCAUCAAGCUAAUAUCUGAUGAUGUAAUUGGAAUCUGGUGAAAACACACAAUGGUGACAGGAGUGAAUUCAAGUGUGUGACCUGAAGUAGAUCUUUUAGAAACAAACAAAGCAAUGCAACCUGUCCCGUGUGCUGUUGUGUGCUAACAUGCAUCUUCUCUGGAGCUUUAAGAUAUUGCAAGGUCAUUUUAAUCUGCUUUCACCAUAUUUUUUAACCACCAAAUGUGCUUUUGAUGACUAUUCCGAUACUGUUUGUGGACAAAAGAAAUCUCUGAAUUGAAAUGCAAACAAAGAUAUAUGUUUCAAAAUGUAUAACUGCUUUACUCCAGUGUGCCAAUAAAAUAUGUAUCAAACGAAAAACAAUGAAACCUGGAUUAAAUAAAUUCAUCCU